UUCAAACUAUGUUUGAUCUCCCGCUCUGUAUUAGUGAAGAUUUUGAAAUGGAUGACCAACGUUUGAGCCUUAACCGUCUCCCGUACGUGGUUCGAGCAUGUGUCCAUGUUGGUGAUCCUCCUCAACUGCGUCACCCUGGGGAUGUUCCAGCCGUGUGAAGAUGUCACCUGCCUGUCAGAGUGGUGUCGCAUACUCCAGGUUUUGGAUGACUGUAUAUUUGCUUUCUUUGCGGUGGAAAUGAUCAUCAAGAUGGUGGCCCUGGGGAUUUUUGGCAGCAACUGUUACCUUGGCGACAAGUGGAACCAGCUGGACUUUGUCAUCGUCAUGGCGGGUGUGUUGGAGUACUCUCUGGAUGGACAGAAUGCCAGUUUCUCAGCCAUUCGUACCGUACGAGUACUGAGACCUCUACGGGCCAUCAACAGAGUACCAAGUAUGCGGAUCUUGGUGACGCUCCUGCUGGACACCCUUCCGAUGUUGGGAAAUGUCCUCCUCCUCUGCUUCUUUGUCUUUUUCAUCUUUGGGAUCGUUGGGGUCCAGCUGUGGGCGGGGCUUCUGCGAAACCGCUGCUUCCUGGGAGCCGACAUCAGGACAAAAUACAACUUGUCAAUCAGUCCUUACUACAUGUCGGAGGACGGCGAAGACAGCCCGUUUAUCUGCUCGGCGCCCCGUGAGAACGGGAUGCUGCGCUGCCAUGACAUCCCGGCCUACGCCGAGGCCAAGACCGAGUGCCACUUAGCGGCGCCUCACCAAAGUCCAGAUGUGAUUGGAGCAGCCCCGACAGUGGGAGGGGCCAGUGUCAAUGGAUGUGUUAAUUGGAACCAGUACUACAACGUGUGUCGCCCUGGGGAGCGCAACCCUCAUAAGGGAGCUGUCAACUUUGACAACAUCGGCUACGCGUGGAUUGCUAUUUUCCAGGUCAUCACGCUGGAAGGAUGGGUGGAUAUCAUGUACUAUGUCAUGGAUGCUCAUUCAUUCUACAAUUUUAUAUAUUUUAUACUUCUAAUUAUUGUGGGAUCUUUCUUCAUGAUCAACUUGUGCCUCGUGGUCAUCGCCACCCAAUUCUCAGAGACAAAGCAACGGGAGAACGCGCUGAUGCGGGAGCAGCGCGCUCGCUACAUGUCCAAUGAUUCCACGCUUGCCAGUUACAGUGAACCGGGCUCAUGCUAUGAGGAGAUGCUGCGCUACAUCAGUCACCUUUAUCGCAAGUUCACGCGCAGGCUGCAGAGGAUAUACUCUGCAUGGCACAGCAAACGGCGUAAAAAGGUGAAUCCUAACGGCAGCGGUGCGGGCAGUAACGGCGGAGGGAACGGACACGGCCACGGCUCCAGCAGGGGCUCGGGCCCCGGUAGCGCUUUGUGGUUGAGGCCGAUACACAGCCUGCUGCAGCACCAUCAGCACCAGCACUGUCGGCUCCCCAACGGGGGGCAGCACGCGAGCGGCGUGGCGAGUACUGAACAUUUGGCCGGAGAAGGCGGCGUCGCGGGAGCCGUGGAACUGGAGAUGAAAUCACUUCCUGUUAGUCAAGGAAGUCGGAAUGGAAAUAGCGGCGGCGGCAGUCAGUCGGUUGUCAGCCAAGGCAUGGGGUCCUUGCUCCGGAGGCUGAACGGAGGCAUGAACUACCCGACCAUUCUGCCGUCGUUUGUGUGCAGCUACAGCAGCAAGACGCCGCCGCCUCACUCCCAGCAAGGCGCUUGCGCUCCGGGAGAUCAGCAUCCGCCCAACCACUCCGCAUCCGAACAUGCAGAAAAACUGAACAAGCUCUACCAGCUCGUGGGACAGCACAGUCACCAGAGUGUGCUGUACCAGCUGGCGGGCGUGGUACCAAGUCCACUGCUCCUGGAACUACUGAGCUGCCCUCUGUGUGCCCGCAGCUUGGAGACCUUGGAGCUGGAGUUGGGCGACUCGGAGGGUUGCAAGGGAGAAGGCGACGGACCGCAUGACUUCCCCCAGGGAGGAGAUCUGAGGGGCGGGAGAGGUCGGGGCAGGCGACACGGGCCUCCGGAGUACAAGAACGGAGCGCUUCGGGCAUGGAUGAAGUUCAGGGAGAAACUGAAGAGAAUCGUGGAGAGCAAAUAUUUUAACCGGGGGAUCAUGAUCGCCAUCCUGGUCAACACUCUCAGCAUGGGGAUCGAGUACCACGAGCAGCCAGAGGAGUUGACGGAUGUGCUGGAGAUCAGCAACAUCGUCUUCACGAGCAUGUUUGUUUUGGAGAUGGGAUUCAUGCUGCUGGCUUUCGGCCUGUUUGGCUACAUCAGGAAUCCGUACAACAUAUUCGACAGCAUCAUUGUUAUCAUCAGCGUGUGGGAGAUCAUUGGUCAGGCCGACGGCGGGUUGUCGGUCCUGCGUACGUUCCGCCUGCUUCGAGUUCUCAAGUUGGUUCGCUUCCUUCCUGCGCUGAGGAGACAACUUGUAGUCCUGAUGAAGACGAUGGAUAAUGUGGCGACCUUCUGCAUGCUUCUGAUGCUCUUCAUCUUCACCUUUAGCAUCUUGGGUAUGCAUUUGUUUGGUUGCAAAUUCAGCCUUCAGACAGAUGACGGAGACACCAUUCCCGACCGCAAGAACUUUGACACUCUAUUGUGGGCAAUCGUCACCGUAUUUCAGAUUUUAACCCAGGAGGAUUGGAACGUGGUGUUGUACAACGGGAUGGCCUCCACCUCCCCGUGGGCGGCCCUCUACUUUGUUGCCCUGAUGACAUUUGGAAACUACGUGCUUUUCAACUUACUGGUGGCCAUCUUGGUCGAGGGCUUUCAGGCUGAAGGCGACGCAAAUCGCUCCGAGUCAGACGACGAGAAAAAGUCUGAUAACUUUGAGGAAGACGAAAAAGUAGAGCAGCUCAGAGAUACGGAGCUAAAAAUGUACACGCUGAUGAUGACAGCCAAUGGUCACGUCGACCCUCGCAGUUCCGUGGCUCCUCCCAUCAUCAUGCGAACAGCAGCCACACCCAUGCCCACCCCAAAGAGCUCCUUAGGUCCAGAGUCCUACCUGGAGGAUGAUGUCAUGGCCCGAGAGGGAGUUCUGCGGUACGGAGAGGUCGACGCUCCCGAAGCGGGGACCGCCCGCCACGAGUCUCGCCGUGGAAGCUCCACCUCCAUGGACGCCUUAACGUGCGAUCAGAGAUCUUUGAGCCACUCCAGUCCGGCACGCCGCUCCCCUCUCCUUCCUCGCGGGUCCAGCUCGUGGGGAAGCCGUCGUUCCAGCUGGAACAGCCUGGGAAGAGCGCCCAGCCUCAAAAGGCGAGACACCAGCGGCGAAAGAGAGAGUCUGCUGUCCGGAGAGAGAGCAGAGGACGAAGACGGCGCGGAUGACGACGACGCCGACGCCGGCGGCUAUGACAACCGAAUUCAGCCGGACCCCUUGGACCUGUUGCAGGCCUCCGCUCUCUGCCCCGCCGUGGCCGCCCAAUAUGGCGACUGCAACGGGGGGAGCAUGACUUACGCUUCCAAUGUGAACACUGACUCCAAAGACGACUCCUUGCCGGAAGAUGACAUUGACGAUGACAGUUCUCUCUGCUACGUGAUCAAGAAAGAGCUCGCCGACUUGAAACCUCGCUGGUGCAAAGACCACGAAGAAUGGACGUUGUACUUGUUUUCCCCGGCAAACCCAUUCCGUGCGUGGUGCCAAAGUGUGAGCUCUCACAAACUGUUUGACCACGUGGUUCUGGUUUUCAUCUUCCUCAACUGCAUCACGAUCGCUCUGGAAAGACCCAACAUCCAGCCUCACAGCACGGAACGAAUAUUCCUCGGCGUGUCCAACUACGUUUUCACUGUGAUCUUCCUCGCAGAGAUGGCCAUCAAGGUGGUAGCGCUCGGAUUCUGUUUUGGGAAGCAGAGCUACCUUCAGUCCAGCUGGAACGUUCUGGAUGGUGUCUUGGUGUUUGUGUCUCUGGUGGACAUCCUGGUCUCGCUGGCAUAUUCCGGAGGCAACCGGAUCCUGGGCAUCCUCCGAGUUUUACGCUUGCUGCGCACAUUGCGCCCGCUCAGGGUGAUCAGUCGGGCGCCGGGAUUAAAAUUAGUGGUGGAGACACUCAUCACUUCCCUUCGGCCUAUCGGCAACAUUGUCCUCAUCUGCUGUGCUUUUUUCAUCGUGUUUGGCAUCUUGGGAGUGCAGCUAUUCAAAGGGAAAUUCUACCACUGCGAAGGUCCUAACACCAAAAAUAUCACCAACAAGUCAGACUGUCUCCUCGCCAACUACAGCUGGAUACGAAGGAAGUACAAUUUUGACAACCUGAUUCAGGCUCUCAUGUCCUUGUUUGUCCUGUCAUGUAAGGACGGCUGGGUCAAUAUCAUGUACGACGGCCUGGACGCGGUGGGAGUGGACCAACAGCCCGUGAGGAACCACAACCCGUGGAUGCUGCUCUACUUCAUUUCCUUUCUGCUCAUCGUCAGCUUUUUUGUCCUCAACAUGUUUGUCGGCGUUGUGGUGGAGAAUUUCCACAAGUGCCGACAGGACCAGGAAGAGGAGGAGGCCCGUUUACGGGAAGAGAAGAGGCUCAAAAUCAUAGAAAAAAAGCGCAGGAGUAAGGAGAAUGGAGGGGCUGAGGCCAAACAGAGGCCCUACUAUGCUGAUUACUCCACCCCGCGUUUGACCAUCCACACGCUGUGCACCAGUCACUACCUGGACCUCUUUAUCACCUUCAUCAUAUGCAUCAAUGUGUUCACCAUGAGCAUCGAGCACUACAAUCAACCCCUGUAUUUGGAGGAGGUUUUGAAGUACUGUAACUACGUGUUUACCUUCAUCUUCGUCAUUGAGGCCCUCCUUAAACUUGUGGCAUUUGGGAUUCACCGUUUUUUCAAAGACAGGUGGAACCAGCUGGAUAUAGCUAUUGUGGCUUUGUCCAUCAUGGGCAUCAUCCUGGAGGAGCUGAAAAUGAGUGCAGCUCUUCCGAUAAAUCCCACCAUCAUCCGAAUUAUGAGAGUACUCAGGAUAGCACGAGUACUUAAACUCCUCAAGAUGGCCACAGGAAUGAGAUCUCUGCUGGACACUGUCAUGCAAGCGCUGCCACAGGUGGGGAAUCUCGGUCUCCUCUUCAUGCUGCUUUUCUUCAUCUACGCCGCGCUGGGAGUGGAGCUCUUUGGCAAGCUCGAGUGCAAUGACAGCAAUCCCUGCGAGGGUCUCAGCCGUCACGCUACCUUUGAAAAUUUUGGAAUGGCCUUCCUGACACUGUUUCGAGUGUCCACCGGAGACAACUGGAAUGGCAUUAUGAAAGACACGUUGCGAGAAUGCCAUCCAGAGGAGCGUCAUUGUCUCGCCUACCUGCCGUGGGUCUCUCCCAUGUACUUUGUCACCUUUGUGCUCAUGGCCCAGUUUGUGCUGGUCAACGUGGUGGUGGCUGUGCUGAUGAAGCACCUGGAAGAGAGCAACAAGGAAGCGAAAGAGGAUGCGGAAAUGGAUGCGGAAAUCGCCAUGGAAAUGGCUAUGGAGCAGCAACGCAGAUUGAGCGCGACUUCCAGCAACAGCUCAGGAGCAGGAACCUUUGUGGGGCCGUGUCCACAAUCGCCCGGCCAGGAGGAAGCGGUGAAGUGCGGCGAUGAGGAUGCACAGCAAGUCUCCGAGAAGAUGUCCGUAUCCAGGAUGCACUCGCUGCCCAAUGACAGCUACAUGUUCCGACCUGUGAGACCCGCGAGCGCCCCUUCCCCUCUGGAGGAGGUGGACGGCAGUGCUCAGGACCAGCAUUCGGGCUCGCUGACCUCAGUGCGUUCGCAGCCGUGCGAGACUCGAACUCUGCUGCGGGUUCCUGAUCUUUCCCCCGCUCAUCCCCGGCUGCUCCAAAUCGUCAACCCGCCUCGCAUCGCCCCGCCCGUGUCCCACCCGUCUCCUCGGGCCCUGCGCCGACAGGCGGCAGUUAAAGUGGAUUCUGCGCAAGUCCAAACUCGUGAUCAACAGGAGAGGUCGGACUCCAUCCGUCUUCCUCUGCCGUCCCCUUCAUCGCCUUCCCCCCUCCCCCCUCCCCCGCCUUCCUCCCCCUCGUCUCUUUCCCUCCCGCCCUGCUCCCCUUACCCGUUUCCUCUCCCUUCCCCGUCCCCUCUCCCGCCUUUACUGUCCUCCCUCCCUCCUCCGCCGUCGCCCCCCUCGCUUCUUCUCCCCCCGCCUCGCUCGCCGCGCUUCCCGCGGCGCAGCGCCAGCCUCCACCGCCCCAGACCGCCUUCCGCCGCCUCCCUCUUCGACCCGGCCGACGAGGAGGUGCGUCACAUCAUCAGCUCGGCCCGCCACAGACAGAUCGCCCAACUGGGAGGCGGGCGGGAGAGCGGAGUGAAAGCGGGCCGAAGCCACUCCCUCUCCCCGUACGCCGACUCCACCUCGUUGACUCCGCCCCCUUCAUCGCCGCGGCCGUCGUCCAGGAGCCCGCUCGGAGCGGAAUCGGAGGAGCGGCACUUGACGAAGGGCUUCGGCGUGGAUCCGCAGGGGAUCCCGCACGAGUCGUCGUUAUUAUCCGCCGGUCACCUUGACGACCAUCGGCGGCACUCCAUCGAGGUGUGCCUCCCGCAAGACGGCGCCGCCAGCGAUGAGCGACGCUUGAAGGCGGCGCUCCACAAAGGGAAGGGCAAUUUCCCGAUGAGGGUGCAGUCGGUCGGGGGCGGACACCGGAAGAAGAAGACGAGCCCCCCGUGCAUUUCCAUCCACCCGCCUUCGGAGAGGGAGCCGCCGCCCUCCCCCCCGAAACUGGCCGACUGCAGCAUGAUGCUAAGACGAAGGACGCCGUCUUAUGACUUGACUGCGCACGCGCCGUCAAUCAAACAAGACGCUUUGAUGGACGCGCAGGCACACUCGCCGACGUGUGGGGGGCUCUCUCCCGCCCACGUGCCGCUACAAACGCGCUCGCCGACACGCACGCUCACACCCUCGCCCUCGCCCGCCCCGACGCCCGCACACCCGUACGCUCCGCUGCCCCCGCCCACUCCGGCGCACCCGCCCAUCCCCAUCAGCCCCAACGUCUUCAUCCAGCCUCACGCGCCUCUGGUCCCGAGGCCUUUCGUGCAGACGCGCCCCCUUUCGCCCGCCGCCCUCACGAGGGACUGCAUCCCGUUGCCCCAAUUCACCUUCGACCGCCCGCAGUCGACGUGCUCGUCGGACGCCGAUCCGCCACCGUGCGCUUCACCUUUCGACAACAAACUGGGCACCGGUGCGGGAUUCGCCGCCAAGAACCAGAGGACCGCCCAAUGAACAUCGGGAAGAGGAAGCAAAUUCGCCAGGCCCGAACAUGCCGACCUCAGGAGUAUCGGAAAGAGUUUUUCCGGAGAUGGAUUCUUUGGUUCUUGUGAAUUUGGAAAGACGGCCGUCGCCGAAAUCGGCGCGAGCCAUCGGAGAAUCCCAGACAAUGGAUCUAUCCAACUCCACUUCGGCGGCACCGAACAGUUCAGGACGAAAGCCACCUAACUCUGUAGCCAAAGUUUUAUUUUUAUUUUUUGGACGCUCUGUCUACUACACCCACGUGAGCCAAUCAGGAAGCAGCGUCUGGCUGACGACCUCUGACCUUUUGCGGGAAGCGGUUUACGAAGUGCAAGCGUGGGGCGGGAUUGUGGGAUAUGCAAGUUCAGGUUUUCUGCAGAAGUUCUGCUUGCCCCUCUUCUGCUCUUUGAUCACAUUGAUCAGAGCAGACGCGUGUUUUUUUUCUUUUUUUUUCUUUUGUGCGUGAAUCUGCGCGUUGUUCGAACGAGUGUUUGUAUGUUUUCGUACGUCUCUUGUUGUUGUCGUGUCGCCAUGUUUUUUUUUUUUCUCGACACUUCUUUCUUGACAAAAGAGGGGCGGCAGGACGCAGCCGUCGUGUACGUUUCUCCGUGUCUCUGUGCGGUGUAAAUAAAGAAAAAAAACUUUAUUUGCUGAGAUUAAAAUAGCUCUAUCCAUAUGCACA